AUGAACAUUGAAGGUCAUGCCAGAAACUUUGAAACACAUGAACUACCAGCAAUGUUAGAUAAGAAAGCAGACAAAGAACAUACACAUAACUUCUUCUCAACUGUUGCUAUAGAAAGUAUUGAAGGAACGGUUGACGGAACUGAUGGGGAUGCAUUAUAUUGUAAACCUCCUAACUUUCCACAAGGUUUAACAUCGAAUGAAAACAUAACAACGAAGAAAAAAAUUAGCUGUAAAAAUGUUUAUGUCAUGGGUGAUGAAAAUAAUGUUAAAUUCACUGCUCAAGAUUUAUAUGAUAAGAAAGCAGAUAAAACAGAGCUUCAAACAAUGAAGACUCAGAUUCUUGAAACCAUAUAUCCUAUAGGCUCUAUUUAUACGUCAAUGAACUCAACAAAUCCAGCAAGUGUUUUAGGUUUUGGUACAUGGCAGCAGAUUGUAGACAAAUUCUUAUACUGUGCUAACUCUUCAAAGCAAACAGGAGGUUCGAAGAAAAUUAAAGAAGCAAACCUUCCACCGCACACUCAUACAGGAACUACAAACACAACAGGUAAUCAUUCACAUUCAAUAACAAAAAGAGGUUAUACAAAUCUUGCAGCAGGUUCGGAUAGACAGGGAAUGCAUAGAUAUGAUAUUUCAAGUGACCCAGUAGAUUCAAGCGCAGGUAUUUUCUGUGGAACCGCAGGAAAUCAUUCACACACUUUCACAACAAAUCCAACAGGCUCGGGUGCAGAUUAUAUGCCACCAUUUAUGACGGUUUAUGCAUGGUAUAGAGUUCAUUGA